UUACAUAAUAACAAUAGUUAAUAUCAAAAUCUUAUCUCUAUUUAUAAAUUUUGAAGUAUCAAUUUGAUGCUUAUGGAUCCUGUAUCUAAGAUACUCUGAAUACUGUGACACGUAAUAAGUAAAGUCUCAUGCCAAAGCUACGAAAGAAUAGAAGAAUUGAAACUAGGUGGGGUGUUAAAUAUUAUACAGCAGUGAAAAAUGCUGUUUUUAUAACACAGACACAACCUUAUGUACCAACAGUACCACCCCCCUCUUUAAAGGAGUAUGUUCCAGAACGUGAGACUCUAUAUAUGUGUACACAGUGCAAAGACUGCUUUCAUUUUCGAAGCAGUUUGGAAGACCAUAUUGGAAGGAAAAGUUGGAUAUUGGGCUAUUGGUGUCAGCAUUGUUUUGUGACAACUUGUAAACAUAGUUCUGUAGAAGGUACAUUAUGUUCAAUGUGCAUGCAAUUGGAUCGUGAGAAACGUUUAUAUCUACGAAGUAGAGGUUUACGUAAAAGUCAAAAAUUUGGGGCAAUAAGAGUCUUUUACAAUCAAUGUCAAUUUUUUGCACAUUUGAAAGCUCAUAAUGUAAAUUUGGUAUAUAUGGGUGAUUUAAUGUUAAUGCCCUUACCAGCAUAUAUGAGUAAUUGGAGUUCUGAAGUAGAUCUAACAUGUGAAGCAAUCAUGGAGCAUACAUUUAUAAUAAAAGUUCAUAUAAUGGAUUGGUUAAAAGAUAAAAACAUUAGUAACAAUUGGUGGCAAUUGGCAGAAGAUAGCAAUAAUCCAGUUACUCUUAUUCUUAAGGGUUAUAAAGGUCGAUUUCAUUUUAAGCCAUUAGAAGUACCAAUAGAUGAACAGUUUUCUAUUUUGAAUUCUACUCACUCCAUGCCUAACAAUGGCAACACUUACUCUGAUAUUGAAAUUCUUGAUUCACUAGAAAAUGUUGAUAAAAGAUCAAGUCCAUCUUCAGCAGAUACCAUAGUUUCCAUCUCGGAUGAAAGUAUGAUUGAAAAUGAAGAUACUCCUUGUACAGUAAAUGAUAUUGCUUUUGUGGAUUGUGGACCUACACCAAAGUAUUUUGAACCUGAAAUUCCAUUAAAUAGUAAUAAAAAAAAGAACUCGAUGCUUUCUAUACAAUCAGUGCAAGAUUCAUUCACUUCUCUUCAGUCUCCAAACAUGAAAUUUAAACGAAAUAAAAUAACGCGUUUAAACUGCAUCUCACCCAAUAUGGUUAUGUCAUAUGGUGAUACUAUGAUAACACCUAAACGAGAUAUCAAAGAUUUAUCAAAGUGUUCUACAAAUAAACAAUUAUGGAAGAAUUUAAUGCAUAAAUCUAAUAACAAUACAACAUCAAUUAAGGUAGUUACAGAAAGCAAUAUCGUAAAAGUAGAUUCUGAUAAAAAGGUAAAUAAAACACUUAUUAAUAAUUUAUUAAUAGUGGAGCCAUUAUCUAAGGUACAAUCUGAUGCAUUUUGUGCAACAAAAAUGGAUACGUGCAAAAAUAAAUUAGAUAAAUUUAAACAAAAUGUACAUACAUUAACAGUUAAUUCUGGUCAAAAAGUUGUCACAUUUCAAAGCACAAAACAUGUUGAUAUUAAUACAAUUAUUAAUCAGCUACCACCACACAUCAUUAAAAAUAAAAAGAUUGUUUUUAUAGGACAAACUUCUGAUAAUGCAGAUGUCCAUAAUAAUAAAGAAUCCUCUACUAAAACAGUAGUUCACUUAGUACCUGAUGAUGAUGAAAAAUUGUUGGAAACGAAAAAGAAUUUAGAAAAUGAGAAACUUUCACAAAGUGGUAAAGACUAUAACAGAAGUAUCUCGAAAAAUCAAAGCGAGACCAGCAAAAGUAAAGCGCGCGCUUUUCCAAGUAAAAUUGUUUAUCAAAAUGGGCGGAAAUACAUUAUUAAACAAUCACCAGGUUUCGGUAAAAAUUCUAAAAGUAUGCCCAAUGCAGCGAUACCAAUAAAAAAUGUACAAGGGAUAAUGCAAUCAAAAUCUACGAAUGGUAUUCCACCAUUGAUACCUUUAAAUUCCAAUGAAAUAGAAAAUAUAUCGAAUCAGGAAAAAAUAAAUUCGUUUCAUAAUGAUAUUUCCCCUUUAACACCUUCACCAUCUCCAUCGGAAUUAUCAAGUAGUUCUAGCUGCGAUGUUCAAUCGAAACAGUCUUCUUUGUCAAUAAAGAGUUCUCAGAAGAGUGAUAUAUCUUACUUAAAUGCUGAACAGAGAGAUGUUGGCAUUGAUGUACAAAAUAUAAACAAUUCGUUUGAAAAUUUAUCAUUCCAUAAAGGUGAAGACCAAAACUUAUACCUUGAUGUAAAAUUUCUUAACCAGAAACCAAUAUAUACUAUUGUUGAUACAUCUACGAUGAUAACGAAAUGUAGAGAAGAAAUGUUAAAUGAAUUUUUCCAUCUUUCCUAUUUUGAAUUGAAAAAACGAUUCGAUCAUCUGCAAUUAAUCGGUGAAGAAAUAUCAAAAGUGAUGAAUUUCGUAACUGAUAACGUAAUUAAAGAAAACUUGAAAGCUGUUCAUAUCUUGCAGACUGUAUUGAAACAUUGUAUUGAUAAGUGCAUUGAAAAAAGUGAUGAGACAGAGGAGACGGAUAUACCAUUAAAUGAAUGGGAAUCUGAAUAUCAGCACGUGGAUAAAAUGCCUGUUUGUAAGGCAUGCGACAAAAUUAUGAAACCCAAGUAUUAUAUUCCAGGAUUUUCAAAGACAGCGAAAAAUGAUAUUUAUUGUUCUUGCUAUAGACACGUGUGUCACAAAUGUUAUACGUAUCAAGGUAAUUCGACGCGUUUCGUAGCUCAUCAAACAUUUCAUGAUAAAGAAAAACCAUAUUUAUGUCCCGAUUGUUAUCGUAAAUUUACCACAUUCAAAUCGUUAGAAGUUCAUACAUGGACUACUUGUUUCCAUACGUUAAAAAAGCGUGUUCUUGGCUGUAAAAUUUGCGAGAUAGAUGGUUUUCAAGACAUGGAAUCUGUCGCUAAACACUUCGCCAUUAUGCACAGCCAUAACAGAAUAGCUUGUGAUAAAUGUUACAUCGUUUUACCGUCAUAUUCAGAGUAUAGAAAGCAUCACAAAGAUAAACACUCGAAUGCAGAUGAUAAUCAUCAUCCCAUAAGGCUUGUAUUGUGUAAACUUGGUCGAUGUAUCGUGCGAUGCGAAGAUUACAUGUUACACAUGGAGAAACAUUUGGUCGUUCAAAGACUAAUAUGGUUUAAAUGCCCAUUUUGUGCGUUUAUUCACGUAGAAGCGAAACGAAUAAUGUCUCAUCUACAAAGCGGACAUGUAACACGUUUGAAAGAACUCAUUAGUUCUGAGGUAUUGUGGAACGUUUUGCAAGUGGAAACCGCUGCAAAUUUAUUGAAAAGUAAUUUACAGCAAAACAAAUUUACAAAUGCACGUGCGGAGUCUUGCGAUGACGGAACUGUUAUGCCUAAAAUUAUAAAUGCUAGAACCAUUACAUCCGAAGUAUUUGAACGAGGAGCCCAGGGAACGGAUGAUCAUCUUAUAAAUUACGAUACUCCCCAGUGUUCUAAGGUUGUCAAUUCAGAAUCUUCUUUUAAGUCGAGUAAAAUCAUACCGAAGAUACUCGAUGUUAGAUCAAUGGCUGAUUUAACAUCAAGCACUUCCAAAUCCAACAAACCCGAACUAACUUUGAAACAAAAGGAGAAAAACCGAAAGAUUAAACAGAUGGAAAGUUCGAAAGCAGUUGCACUGAUGGAAAAUGUUGCUGCGAUAAAAAUAGAACCCAAGGAUAUCACUGAUUAUAUAUGGAGUGAUAAAGCGAUGAAAUCAAAUUUAGAUCCAUUAAAUGCCGAGUCGCUUAAAGAAGAUCUUUUCGUCAAAGUAAAAAAAGAGAAAAAUACGAAUGAUGUUUUAAAGAACGAAGUAUCAUGUGAAAAGGAAAAGAUCCAGUUAAACGAAACAGAGCAGGCAAACGAUGUUUCGAACAAUAUGCACGUUCAGAAGCAGUUCGGAGGGAUACAGCAUGGAUCAAUUUCGAAGCCUCCACCACUCGCCAGAAUUCCUCAACACGUAUUCGAGUCGAAUCGACCCAAGAAAGUUGGACAAAUGAUGAAAGGAGGCAAAAUGACAAUGUUUUCGCGUGAUCAAAAAAUGAAUCGCGAUUUACUGCAACGAGUCGCUUUGAAUUAUCCAACUGAUUCCAACGAGAUCCUUAAUUUUUCGUGCCAUUUGUGCGGAGAAUUAAUAAAUACGUCUAAAUCGGUCAUAAAUAAUCAUUUUCAAAGCAAGCACUCGCAAAACUGUAAACUGUCGACAAUUACCACAGAUCUGCUUCGACUAUCGCCAGAAUUUAUUAACGGCGGUUACAAAGAAUUAUUAGGUAAUAAGAAACGCAAGUCCGACAAUACUAUAUCGAAUUCGAAAAGAAGACGGCGAUGGAAUCCAAAGAAAUAUACCGAUGGGAAACACGCGACUUUUACAGGUCUUGGAUUAUGCGUGAAACAAGAAACAGCUGAAGAUAGCGAGGGUAAUUUCAGAUGUAAAAAGUGUGAUCAACGAUGCUCCAAUAUGGCAAAUUUGAGAGAGCACAUUGCCUCUAAUCACAGAAUUAAAGGUCGAUAUUUAGUAUGCCUAGAAUGCGGUGACAAUUUUGUUGUUGCACCUAGUUUGCAAAUGCAUCUGAAAGCAUUUCACGGGAUAGAGGAUCCUAUCAUCUACAUGUCUCAGAAUACAUCCUAUGCACCUGACAAUGUUGAUGAUCUCGAAACUGGGGGAAAAUCGAUCGAGGCGAAUCAGUGUCACGUUUGCAUGGCUGUCUUCGAGGAUAAGGCAGCUGUGGAUAAACAUCUUCGAGUUCACGGGAUGGCGUUCUUAAACCGCAAAAGGAUAGAGGCGCAAAAUGCUUUAAAGAGUCCAGAGAAGAAAAAUGAACCGGAGGAAGGAAAAUGCACGCCAACUAAAACAAAUUCAAAGGAGCUCGUUCGAAAGGAUAAACCAGCAGAAACUAUAUUGGAAAAAAUCACUGCGACUAUAUAGCUAAUGGAGGCACGACUUUCAGAGAUCGAGUCGAAGGGACAGUAGUACAUACUUAGCAAUCUCUAGUUUUAAAUAUGAUCGCGAAUCUGUGAUUUUUAUGUUUCGUUUAAGCGGUGAGAAAAACGUUUCCUCUUUUUAUAGCAAAAACUAGCAAAAAUCGUUAGU